AUGGACCAGGCAUAUCUGGAUUUUUUAGUACGAUGGGAGAAGCAAGACGAAUGGUCUUUCUUCGAUCUCACUGGGUGUCCCCAGCAAUUACUAGUUCACCUCUUUCAACUCUCAGAGUUAGCCAAGCAGUGCGAAGUUGCCUUAUCCAUGAAAUGGCUGACUUUCAACAUGACUCCAAUCACAAAAAUAGAGCAUGAACUAAUCGAGUGGAAGAAUGAUACAGACUCUCCAUCAAGUGAUGAUGACUCUGACUUGACUGAAGAAGAUGCAAUAAAGCAAUUCCACGAGCAACAAGAUCGCUACCACUGUGCUGAGGCCUGGCGAUAUGCGUUGCUCCUCUAUCUUGAAUAUAUCUUCAAGGGUGAUCGUCAAAGACGAUCCAUCUGCGUCACUAGAUUGGUGCGCAAGACUAUUGACCACAUUCGGUGCUGUCGACGGACAUCCCAGACCCAAAAGCAGCUCCUUAUCCCGGUCUUCCUCGCCGGUAGCGAGACCUCAGAUGAUGAUAUGCGCCAUUUUGUGAAGGAAUACUGUGCUUACUGGGGCGAGAAAUCUCGUUAUAGUAUGUUUAAUUCUGUUCCGGUACUUUUUGAUGAAAUCUGGGCCACAGGGAAAUGGUGGGGUGCGGUGAUUGACAGCAAGACACGACCUAGCUCUGGCCAUGGGCAGGGAGCCAUGCAACUGUUAUUUGGAUAG